AUGGGCGAGCUUGCCGACUAUCUUAACCAGCACGACAGCAACUUCCGCAAGUCACGGCUCCCUGCAUUAUACUCAGACUUCAGACCACAGCGAACACUGAACCCCGAUGGGUACCAGGCCAACAUCUCGGCAUGGAACCAAGCCCUAUCCCACCUUGCCUCGCAGGGCAUCCUCUCUAAAUACAGCACCGAAUCCAGCCCCCUGAUACUCAAGAUCGAUAACUCGAUCCUACGCCAUUUCGAGAGCAGACAGUACGGCCAGCCGCUGGCGCUGGGGACCGUCGUGCGAGAGGCGGUCGCGGCCAAGAACCUUGUCCCCCUCAACGACUUCCUCAAGGCCCAGACAAACAUAUACCAGCGCGGCUGGGGAGAGCUCCCCUGGACCGUGGUGGGGUGGACGCUGCGCCAGCUGGGCAUGGUCGAUCCUUCGAGGGGGGAGGAUACGCUGCCAACAGGCCGGUACGUGGCGAUGCAGAACCUCGAGUCGGCGGCUGCGGAGCUGAGCGAGAGGAUGGCGGGGAAGACGUCCAUCUUCGAUCGCGUCUUCACCAAGACCCAGUUCGAAGCCACAUUCGCCACGGAGCUCGUCCCCGGCCAGCGGCUGUCGGAGCAGGACAUCGACGUGCUCCUGAGGUUCCUCGCUCGGGAGAAGCAGACGGUCGAGUACGAUGGUCAGACGGUGCGCAUCAAGGGCGGCGGCGAUGGAGAUAGGAAGCUGACGGAGGAGGACGCCACCGUCGCAUCGAUCAAGGAGCUCACGGCCAAUCUCAAGCACCAGAUUUCCCUCCUCAAUACACGGGUCGAGGAGCUGGAGCAGACCGCCAGGUCUGCCGUCAUGCGCAAGCACAAGAUAUCCGCGCUCGCUGCCCUAAAAUCAAAGAAGAUCGCCGAGGCGUCUCUGGCGUCGCGGUACACCACCCUGAACCAGCUCGAGGAGGUGGCGAACAAGAUCCAGCAAGCCGCCGAUCAGGUGCAGCUCCUGAAAGUGAUGGAGUCUUCCGCCAGCGUUCUGAAGACUCUCAACGCGGCGACAGGAGGCGUUGAGAAGGUGGACAGCGUCAUGGACCGGCUGAGGGAGCAGAUGGGCACGGCAGACGAGGUGGCGGCCAUUCUUGCCGAGUCUGUCGGUGCCCCCAUCGACGAGGCCGAGAUCGACGAGGAGCUGGAGGCGCUGGAAGAGCUGGAGAAGGAGAAGGAGGCGGCGGCGAAGCGCGCCAAGGAGGAAGCGCAACGCCAGAAGGAGGAGGCCGAGGCGCUCGAGAAGCUGGAGAAGCUUCCCGAGGUGCCUGUGGCAGACGAGCCAGCGAGGGAGAAGGCACAAACGCCCACUUCAGAGACAGGCAUUGCGAACCUGUCAAUCGAGAAUCAACCAGAGAAGGAAGCAGAAUUGUUGGCCAACUAG